AUGUUGGCCAACUUAAAGAUUGGAUAUUUCUUGAAUCACAAUAUUGAAAGAUGUAAGCAGAAAGAUGCUGCUGAUAGUUUCAUCAGGAUUUAUUCGAAUGAAAAUAAUAAAUUCUUCUAUGACGACAACGUUCAAUUCACGAGAUGGCGCAGGUUGGUUUAUAACGCAACCUUGAAUUGUGUUUGCACAAUACUUGGUGUUGAUACUGGAAGAUUAGAACUUUUUGGUGGUAAUGAAACUAUUAUAAGAAGAGCAAUGAGGGAAGUCUUGAAAGUUGCAGAGUCUGAAAACAUUCACAUUCCUGAAGACGUCAUGGAAUUUAUGCUAAGAGCAGAUGAUGGUGUAUAUUAUUAUUCGCCUUUCAUGUUGGUCGAUCUCAGAAAAGGUAAUUACAUUGAACUAGAGGUUAUUUGUGGAAAUGUUGUCCGUAUUGCCAAACAUGAUGAUAUAAAGGUACCAACUUUAUCAUUAUUUUAA